CGCCCGGAUCGGUAACCAUGGCGACCGCUCCUGAGCCUAUCAGCAUCCCUGAACAAAAGGAAACGCCCACACCUGCCGGACGAGCCAAGCCCAUCCCAACUCCGAGGCCACGCCCAGAACACCUGCCUCUUAAAGGGCCGGUGCAGCAACUCCAGACGAGCGAGAGGAAACCGUCCCGUGUGUCUCCCUCAUCCUCCUCCUCAUCGGAGCGCUUCCACCUGUACGAACAGUGUUCGUCUCCCGCUCAGGGAGAAGUGGGCGUUCCUCCUCUUCCUCCUAAGAGCUACACUGUGGGUGUCUCUAAAGAGCCCAGAGACGUCCCGUACAGACCCCCUGUUCCACCGCCUCGUGUCUGCAGCACGACUACGAAUCCCAGAAGCACGUCAUCCGGAAGCCCGCCCACUUUCAGACUGUCCUGUGAGCCGAGUAAUGAUGAAGCUUCCUCUGUCUGCUCCUCCAGCUCUCCUGCAGAUGAUCCACCCAGCACGGAUCGAGUCCCAGACGUCCCGCUUCGAAUGAUCAGACCUCCGAACGAGAGCUCAAAGAGAGACGUCCCACCGCCGCCGCCGCUCAGAAACAGUGAGUAGACCGUUUGCUCUGCGUGCUAAAGAAAGCGUGUUAUGACUUCAACCUCAUCAGCAGUUACUCUAGCGUGACUAAACUCACAUUAAACCACCAUAACCAUAAUACCAGGCACAAAAGCAUGAUGUGUGUUUGUGACAGGUGCCGGUUACUUGCAUGCUUCGUUGAAACAAGAAGUUGACAUUUCAAAGACCUUGUUCCACUUUUUUUAAAUAGCCAAUAGGCUUUAGUUUGCAUCUUAUCUGUGAACAUGAUUGACAGCCUAGGAUUCAGGGG